GGGGGGACUUCGUAGCAGUCAUCCUUUUUAGGAAAAGAGAAGGGGGGCAAACCCUCCCCCACCACCUCCUUCUCCCGCAGCGCAGCGCACCACACACAGUGCGCGGGCUGCUCCUUGGGCACCCGCGGCCCCAGCGCGUCCUUGCCUGCGUUUAGCAAGCUGCUUUUUUCAAACCCUUUCGGGAAACGCGUUGGCCCUUCGGAGUUUAAAGAGAAGAGGAUUCCGGUCCCCGUGCCCCAGCUCCUCCAUCGUCCCCUCGGCGUGUCGCUCUCCCCUGGAGGUCUGAAGCGGUCCGGUGGAUACGGACCCAUGCCUGCGCUCCCGCGUGUGUGUGCGAGUGUAAAUUGCCGAGAAGCGGGGAGAAUCACAGGACUUCUGCAAAUGCUGGACUGAAAAAUUGUAAUUCAUCUGCCGCCACCGCCGCCGCUGCCUUUUUGCCCCGCUGCGGUGCUCUUGAGAUCUCUGCUUGGGAUUCCGACGGAUUGACAUUCUCAGUGAAGCCGAGUGUGAGGACCCAAUCUGGAACCCCUCCUGAUUUUUCCUCCACCUCGCCCCCAGACCCCAACUCCCGAUUCAUUGCAAGUUUCAGAGAAGCUUAUACAAGGAAACUUCGGAAGAUCGAUGGUGUGGUUGCCUUAUGUAUUUGUUUGGGUUUUACCAAAAAAGGGGAAACUUGACAGAAGAGAAUGCCGUCCUUAGAAAAUACAGUAAGUUCUUUGCACAGGAAUUUGGCUUAAUGUAACUUUCCAUGGACGCGUUUGAAAUAUUUUUUACUUCAAGUGCAUUCAAGCAAAUAUAAUUUCCAGUUUAAUGCAUUUUCUUUAACGUGUAACUUGCAGCCGGAUAUACCUUUCUUACCCUAAAUAUAUAAAGGAAAAUACACCUGAUUUUAACUUCCUAGGUCGUCCCGCCUCCUCACCUUUCAGCAUUGCGGAGGAAGUAGACUGAUAUUAACAAAGCUUAAUAAAUAAUGUGCCUCAUGAAAGGAAUUUGAAUAAAAUUUCCUGCAUCUCAUGCCAAGGGGGAAACACCAGAAUCAAGUGUUCGGCAUAACUAAAGACACCCCUUCAUCCAAGAAUGCAAAGCACAUCCAAUAAAAGAGCUGGAUUAUAACUAUUCUUUUUUUUUCUUUCGGGGCCGUGGGGCGGGAGUCAGUCAGGACGUGAAGUGCCGUUGGCACCUGCAGCUUCUUCUCGGGGAAGGAUGGCGCAAGCCGGGAGAACAGGGUAUGAUAACCGGGAGAUCGUGAUGAAGUACAUACAUUAUAAGCUGUCCCAGAGGGGCUAUGAGUGGGAAGCUGGAGAUGCAGACGCGGCGCCCCUGGGGGCUGCCCCUACCCCUGGCAGCUUCUCCUUCCAGCCUGAGAGCAACCCAGCGCCCGCUGUGCACCGGGACACGGCUGCCAGGACGUCUCCUCCACGGCCCCUCGUUGCCGCCGCUGGGCCUGCGCUCAGCCCCGUGCCACCUGUGGUCCACCUGACCCUCCGCCGGGCUGGGGAUGACUUCUCUCGUCGCUACCGUCGCGACUUCGCAGAGAUGUCCAGUCAGCUGCACCUGACGCCCUUCACCGCGAGGGGACGCUUUGCCACGGUGGUAGAGGAACUCUUCAGGGAUGGGGUGAACUGGGGGAGGAUUGUGGCCUUCUUUGAGUUCGGUGGGGUCAUGUGUGUGGAGAGCGUCAACAGGGAGAUGUCACCCCUGGUGGACAACAUCGCCCUGUGGAUGACUGAGUACCUGAACCGGCAUCUGCACACCUGGAUCCAGGAUAACGGAGGCUGGGAUGCCUUUGUGGAACUGUAUGGCCCCAGCAUGCGACCUCUGUUUGAUUUCUCCUGGCUGUCUCUGAAGACCCUGCUCAGCCUGGCCCUGGUUGGGGCCUGCAUCUCUCUGGGUGCAUACCUGGGCCACAAGUGAGGUCCACAGACCUGCCCCAAACAAAUAUGCAAAAGGUUCACUAAAGCAGUAGAAAUUAUAUGCAUUAUCAAUGAUGUAACCAUGAAACAAAGUUGUGAUCUUUUUUUAAAGCAGAAUACACACACACACACACACACACACACACACACACGUUCAGGCAAAUGGUCGAAUCAGCUAUUUACUGCCAAAGGGAAAUAUCAUUUAUUUUUUACAUUAUUUAGAGAAGAAAAGAUUUAUUUAUUUAAGACAGUUCCACUGAAACUCCAGGCUUUGAAAACCCUACCAGGAAUUGCCAAGAAGCAUGCGUGGCCCCACCUGUUGGCCUGCACCUAUGGUCAUGGACCUGUUUUCCAUAUUGGCCAGACUGGCCCGCCAUCUAACGAGAAAAUGGUGCAGGACCCUGGCUGCUGGGAAAGCCUGUGGUCUGGCUGCUAGAAGCUGUGGAGAAGGCUCCAAUGUGAUCUCUAUACACUGGCCCUGGGGCCAGGAUGCUGGACGGAGCGGGUGCCUACAGGAAAGCCUGGUCUUCUUGCACUGGAGAGAGGACUUUGUAUAUGGCUCACAUGGUACAUACCCAGUCGGAGGACAAAGGCUGGAAACUUCAGAUGGACUUGGUACCCGCUGAGACGUCCUUACUGAAAGACAGUGAUGGGAAAAUGCCCUUAAUCCAUAGGAAAUUAUUUUUUUAAGCUACCAAUUGUGCCGCAGUUUAUACAAUAUCAUCCAGUACCUUAAGUCCUGACUGUAGAUAAUCAUAUAUUUUGGAUACACACACCCCUCCUCCAAUACUCACUCUGUCUGAGGAGGAAACAAAGGCUUCUGGAUUCUAGGAAGUGGAUGUGUGACGACUUCUUCAGCAUCAGGAAGAACGGGGUCACCUCGUGCUCCAGGCAGCCGCAAGUGCCUGCUUUAAGGAGACCAUCGUGGGCAGAACCUCCCCGUGACUGAGCAGCUCGGCCUGGGCAGCUGCCCCGAGUGUGGUCCUCAGAGCCUCCUCACAGGGUUCGGAACAGAGCCGCCGAUCUCUGAGUGUCUGGAAGCCCUCAGAGCUCAGACUUACCCAGGAAGAAAGAGCAAUACGGGGACUCACUUACUGGGCUCUGCUUCCCCAGGCCAUACAGGCUGGGUCUGUCUGGAGCAGGAGAGCUGCUCUUCCUAAGACAGUUGCCACUGUAGAGAGGAGAAAACAGGCAGGGAGACCACCUCACAAGAGAAGCAGCCCGUGGCCCUUCCGGCAGCCACAGGUACCCGCUGCAGAGCUCUGUCGCAUCGAAGGCAAGGCUUUGAGUUACUUUGGCCGUAAAUCCUAAGGAAGCACUGAAGCCAGGUUCAUGGAGCCGAUGACCCGUAUCUAUGGAUUUACAUGUAAAACAGUAUCUUGUCGUAAUUUGGUUUGCUUUGAAAAUCUGACAGAGGCAGAGAAUAAAAAGUUUCAGGUAUGUAUGGAAUGUGGAGAUUAUCUGUACAUCCUGGGGCCGGAAAAAAAAAGAUGGAAAAUUAUAGAGGAAUAACAACAAAAGGAGUGAAAUCUCCAGCUACUGAAGGGGAAGCACAUUUCCCCCAAGUUCAGAAUUAGCAUGGGGGUAUUUGUGGAGUCACUUUGGGGCAUUAUCACACCCUAUAUACCAUUCAUCUGUAUUAACGUUGGAAUGUGCUUCAUUCAAUGUUUAUUACUGUGGUUGAUAUUUCAAAGGCUGCUUUAAGACGAAUCCAUGCAUCUCAGCAUUGUUUAAACUGUAUUUAGUUAUGACCUCUAGAAUGUUUGUUAGUUACACAAACAAACAAAAAAAAAGAUACUUUUUUUCCAUUUGAGGUAUUUGUCUCUUGAGUCUUCAAAAGCAUUUCUGAAAAGGUAGGACCAGCUUAGGAUGGAUGCGCGGGCCUGAAGAGCUGGCUUGGAUCGCUCCCUCCGCUGUGCUGUCUGAGCUCACCCCUCUGCCUGUACAUGCCUGUAUCAUGAUGGAUAUAGCUGUUGCCCACUCGGCCUUGUUUCUUCAAGGUUUACUCGUUCGUCCCUGGGUGAUUCAGCAUUUAACUCUAAGUUACCUAGGAUUACAUGCAUGUUUGAUUAAAUCUGUGACGUCCAUUCAGUUAGAAAUCUAGAUGGGAAACAGCAAAGGGUUAGGAUCUGACUACGGCAGCUGGGCCUUCACUUUGUGUGGCCUGUUGAGCAUAGAUGUAUCAGGAGUCCUCUUAUCAUCCCCUCCCCCAGUCCCCCAGGCCUGCCUCUCUGUGCAGAGAGAGAGAGAGAGAGAGAGAGAAGAGAGAGAGGAGAGAGAGAGAGGGAGAGAGCAGGAAAGACAGACCUCCCCAGUAGGUCUCAGAGAACAGGAUGAUCAGAACUUUUCAAGUUAUUCUGAUUAUUGAGCAAAAUAUUAUCCUGUGAAAGGUUUACAUUCUCCACAUGAUGACUAUGGAAUAACAAACCCUGUGCUGCUAUCCCGCCAAGAUCAUUGUAAUGGAGGAGUUGUUUGUAGUCCACACCGAGUGGCCGGUUCCUUCAAGCUGCUUUUUUGAAGUAACGAUGAAGAACACAGACAUUUUAAAUAUAAAACCUGUUUCUCUUUUGUUUUCAUUGUUAUUGUUCAAACUUGGAUUUGUAGAGUAUUUGAAAAAAUGUAUAUACAUUUAAAAAAAAAAAGGAACAAGCUCAUGGGAGUCCUUCAGGUGUGGGGUUUGUUUUCUGAUUUGAAUGGUAAAUUCACCCAGUCACUGAACCCCAGAACUGGACAGUAUUGUGGCUGCACUCACUCUAAAAGCAGUUGGUGAUGCAAUUUUUUUUUUCUUGUUAAAAACAUGUUAGAAGCAAAGAGUGUGUAUAGAAUCUGCCUUGACGAGCCUUUUUCUUCCUCCUUU